GAGACUAUAAGUAUGGGACGGAAGGAGCAUUUAAUUAGAUGGUGGAGUUGAUAAAUUACUAAAAAUGACAAUAGUAUCUCUUAAAUAAAUACGGUAAAGAGAAGAUUUCUUCAUUUCUUCACAGACAUUGGAGACUAUAUUUGGCACAGGCAUUUUUUAAGAGGUGAAAAAAGUUUGAUUUACUUGGAAUGGAUCAGUUCGAUGAUUACUACAAGAAUAGAUUACAAGCACUUUUGCGUGCUGCCUAUGCGACAAGGUUUGUGAAGGAUGACAAUGUACCAUGUCAAAUUGAAGAGGAUCUCUUUGUAGGGUCUAUUGGAGCGGCAAACAACAAAGCUGCGUUGAAGAGGAAUAAUAUUACUCGCAUCUUGACUGUGGCUGGUUCGAUGGCCCCUGCUUAUCCAAAUGACUUCACAUAUAAGGUCAUUGAAGUUGCGGACAGAGAAGAUACUGAUCUAUGUCAGUACUUUGAUGAAUGUAUUGAUUUCAUUGAGGAAGCUAAAAGGUCAGGUGGCGGAGUAUUUGUUCACUGCUUUGUGGGGAGAUCUAGAAGUGUGACAAUAAUUCUUGCUUAUCUGAUCAAGAAACGUGGCAUGAUUCUAUCUCAAGCUCUUGAAUAUGUGAGAAGCAAAAGACCGCAGGCAUCACCUAAUGCCGGCUUCAUAAAGCAGCUUCAGAAGUAUGAACAAUCACUACGAGUUUCCAAGACACAAGAAUCAGCUAGUCAGCCAAGGAAUGUCCCGAUUGAGGGUUGCGGAGAAAUGUGAGUGGCUUGUAGAUCAAAUAUCAAUGACAGUUCUGAAACCAAAAGUGUAUGUAUCAACGAACACACCAUAUCUUAUUUAAUAUUUAUACUUGUAUACUAAGUGAUUUCUGUGCCGUAUUCUGUAAUAAAUUGAAAUUUACCUUCUGCAUUAGUACUUCACUACUUUGUAAUGGCGCAUGCUUCAACUGAGGAACUUAUAGUAUAUGCUUUAUUUUUACAUAA